AUGGUCCCCUUCUCUUGCCACCCUUGCGUCGUUUCAACCUCCCCAAAUCACAAGCAACCGGGAAGCAAGAUGGUGUCACUCAAGUCGGCCCUCUUGGCCGCAACCUACGCCGUUUCGGCUGCUGCCGUCGACAUCACCGUCAAGGCGUCUGGUGGCAACGCUACCAGUGGCCACCAGUACGGUUUCCUCCACGAGGACAUCAACAACUCUGGUGACGGCGGCAUCUAUGCCGAGCUGAUCCGCAACCGAGCCUUCCAAUUCAGCCCGAGGUUCCCCGUCUCCCUCGACGGCUGGCACCCCGUCAACGGCGCCAAGUUGACCCUCAAGAGCCUCAGCGAGCCCCUCUCCGCCGCCCUCCCCGUCUCCGUCAACGUCGCCGGGGGCAAUGGCUCCGGGUCCAUCGGUAUCGAGAACGACGGCUACUGGGGCAUGGAUGUCAAGGUGCAGAAGUACACCGGCUCCUUCUGGGUCAAGGGCGCCUACGACGGCGUCUUCACCGCCUCUCUGCAGUCUGCUCUGACCGACGACGUGUUCGGGUCCGUCGAGAUCCAGUCAAAGGCCUCGGCCGACGAGUGGGUUGAGCACGAGGUCGAGCUCAUCCCCGAGAAGGAUGCUCCUAACAGCAACAACACUUUCGCUGUCACUUUUGAUCCUGCGGGCGCUGCCGACGGUUCGCUGGACUUCAACCUGAUCAGCCUGUUCCCUCCCACGUACAAGGGCCGUAAGAACGGCCUGCGAAUCGAUAUUGCCGAGUCCUUGGCCGGUCUGCAUCCGAGUCUGCUCCGAUUCCCUGGUGGCAACAUGCUCGAGGGUCUGGACAACAAGACCUACUGGGACUGGAAGGACACCCUCGGCCCCCUCAAGGACCGCCCCGGCUUCCAGGGUGUUUGGGGUUACCAACAGACUCACGGCCUGGGUCUCGUCGAGUAUCUCGAGUGGGCCAAGGACAUGGACAUGGACGUUGUCAUUGGUGUCUGGGCAGGCCUUGCUCUCAACGGCGAUGUCACCGCCAAGGAGGACCUCCAGCCCUUCAUCGACGACGCCCUUGACCAAAUCGAGUUCAUCCGCGGCCCUGUCGACUCCAAGUGGGGUGCCCGCCGCGCCGAGCUCGGUCACCCGGAGCCCUUCACGCUGGAAUACGUCGAGAUCGGCAACGAGGACUGGCUCGCCGGCUACCCCGGCGGCUGGACGUCCUACAAGGAGUACCGCUUCCCCAUGUUCAUGGAGGCCAUCAGGGCUAAGUACCCGGACAUCACCGUCAUCUCCUCCGGGGCGACCACGGACGGCGACGGCUUCGAUAUCCCGGCGCCCGGCAUCGGCGACUACCACCCGUACCGCACGCCCAACGCGCUCGUCGACGAGUUCGACCGCUUCGACAACGACAUUGCCCACAUUGUCGGCGAGGUCGCCGCUACCCACCCCAACGGCGGCACCGGCUGGGACGGCGACCUGAUGCCCUUCCCCUGGUGGAUCGGCACCGUCGGCGAGGCCGUCUCCCUCAUCGGCUACGAGCGCAACGCCGACCGCAUCCCCGGCACCUUCUACGCCCCCGUCCUCCGCAACAUGAACCGCUGGCAGUGGGCCGUCACCAUCGUCCAGUUUGCCGCCGACCCGGCCCUGACCACCCGCUCCACCAGCUGGUUCGUCUGGGAGCUCUUCGCCGCCCACCCGCUCUCCCACACCUUGCCCACCGUCGGCGACUUCGGCCCCGCGUACUGGGUCGCCGGCAAGAACGAGGCCAAGGGCAGCCUCAUCUGGAAGGGCGCCAUCUACAACACCACCGACGGCGCCGACGUCGACGUCAACGUCCAGUUCGAGGGUGUCACCGCCGGCACGACCGCCUCGCUGACCGUUCUCGCCAACCCCAGCGGCGACCCCUUUGCGUACAACGACCCCCACACCGGCGUCAACGUUGUUGCCAGCAACACCACCACCGUCACGGCCAACGGGGACGGCAUCUUCGCCUUCAGCCUCCCCGAGCUCAGCGUUGCCGUUCUCGACACCAAAGGCUCGGCGGGCGGAUGCCGGACCGCGCGGUCUCUUAGACGCUUCCAAUCUUAG